CGCGUUGCGCGCGUGGAGGCACUCUUGGAAAUUCUCUUCUCCUCAACAUGGCCGACUACUCGAAAUGGGACAAGCUCGAAGACUCGGACGACGAGGCCCAAGUCCAGACGAACCGCCCGCCCGCCGCUGCUGCCUCCUCGCCCGUGGUGCCCACCGCCUUGCAGCAGAUGGAAGCGUUGCGAAACAAGGCCCAAAUCCACAUGGAGAAGGGUGAGUUUGCGCAAGGCUGCGUCAUCUACAAGGACCUGCUGCAAGGUGCCGGAGCCGACACCCCCGCCGGCUUUAUUGAGUCUUGCCGCAUGAACUUAUCCAUUGCUUUGAUCAAACUGGACCGCAACCUGGAAGUGAUCCCCGUGCUGUCGGAAGUGCUGACUGCGAACCCGAAACUCGUCAAGGCGUUGCAUUUUCGAGGUCAUGCGUUCAUGAGCGCAGGGUUCCUUGAAGAAGCCGAGAAGGAUUUGAAAGCGGCAAAGACUGCGUUGCCCGACGACGAAGGCGUCGACGGUGAUUUGGCGGCGUUGGAAGUCGCCAAGGUUGCUGACGUCCACCUCAAGGCUCUCAUGGCCAAGGCGAACGAAACCUUCCAAGCCGGGGAUCUGCAAGAAACGAUUAAGAACUUUACGACUGCGUUGGCGGAAGCGGAGAAGGUCAAGCGUCGCGACGUGUGCGGCGCCAUCUACGGCAGCCUCGGCAUGGUGUACUUCAAGGACGAAAAGUUCCGCGAAGCGAUUCCGCACUUUGUCAAAGCGUUGCAAGACCUGCCCAACCCCGAGCGCCGCAUCGAAUUCCUUGAAGGUUUGGCGGCGUGCCACACGUCCCUCGGCGAAGGCGAGAUGUGCAUCAAGGCGUUGGAAAGCGCCAUCAUGAUCGGCGUCCAAGCCGGCGCGCCGGCCCCACGCAUGGUCAAGCUGCUCCUGCACGCCGUGCGUUCGUGCGGCAUGCUCAAGCUGACGGAACCGGGUAUCAAGUACGCGACCAAAGCGCGCGAGAUCGCGACGGCGGCCGAGCAGUGGGAAGUGGUGUUCCAGUGCAACGAGUGGAUCGCCCGCCUUCACACGGAGAACGAAGACCCGGAAUCCGCGCUCAUUCACAUCACAGAGGCGUUCCAAGAAGGGGUUGCGCGCACCGACUUGACGAGCUGCCUACAGCUCAUGCACAUUCAACUGCAUGUGCUCAAGGUGACCGACCCGAUGAAGCACAUCAACUUGGUAGAGUCGACGCACGCAUUCUUCAAGUCGCAGAACGAGGUCAAGGGGGUACUGGGGUGCCUGGAAGUGCUGCUUGUGUACAACAUCAACCAGUUCAAGGCCGCUACCAACGACCACGACAACGACCCUGCCGCGUACUUGUCGGCGCUCGAAGAUCUCUGGGGCCAACUCCGCGCGGUUCCAUUCGCGCCCCUCGAGCACGAAGAAAAGUUUGGGGUGCUUAAGCUGCUCCAGCUGCAUGCAGACUUUAACGUCGAGCACGACAGCAAGGACGCGUGCCGGAAGGUUCUUCAUGAGGUGCUGGCGCUGGCCAACUCGAUGGCGCCGAUCCCGCCGCAGCACGUCAUCGCAGAAGUGUACAAAAAGCUCACGGCAUUGAGCGAAGACCCGGCCGAGCAGCUGGAAAACAUCACGGCGGUCGAAAAGUCGCUUCGGCAAUUCCAGAUCGACGUCGAUGCCCGCAUCCAAAACGACCAAAAGAGCGAAAUUUUGACCAAAAUCGCCGGCGACAUUGCCGACACGUUGUGCAACAAGGCGUUUGUCCAAGCCGAACAGGGGUUGAUUGACGACGCGGAAAAGACCCUCGAGGAGACCUCGGCGCUGUGCGAAACCAACUCGAUCCAGAACAGCCGCAUCAACUGCCUGUCGCAGAUCGCGCGGGGCAUCUUGUGCCUAAAGAAGGGCAACCAGGAUGGCGCCGAAGACAACUUCCGCAAGGGCGUGGCGCUGGCCGAAACAGUUAACGACGACGAAGUGCUCAAGCAGGUGCAUGAACUGGUCAACGAUGCCAAAGCCAAGGGCGGCAUCCAGGUCACGACCAACACACCCGUGAAAGAAGCGGUCCAAGUCCCCAAGAAGGCGGCGGCGGCGGCAUCAAAGCCCGCGACGCCCAAGACGUACCCCGGCACGGCGAUCCGCAAGAAGGACGCGGCGGGCUUCGACCUCUCGGACCACAUUCCCCUGCUUGUGUUUAUUGCGUUCUUGGCCAUCUUCUUCCACCUUGUGAGCCAAUAGAUAGAAGCACGAAACACAAGAAAGGAAUGAAUUGUAUGUGUGACACUGUGCCAGAA